AUGGGUCAUAGAAGGUUUCUACCAGAAAAGCAUUAUUACCGGAAGCAAAAAUUAGCAUUUAAUAGUGAGCAAGAGUUGCGAGAAGCGCCUACACCAACGACUGGAGAAGCUAUCUACGAAGAGAUUCAUUUAAUAGAAAAUAAAUUUGGUAAGCCAGUGGAAAAGGUCGAUGAAAAUGUAGAGACAAAGGGGGAAAAGAAAGGCAAAUGUAAAACAAACAUCAAACGAAAGCGCAAUAAGAAAGACCAAUUAGCCAAAGAUUCAAAGAAUACUACAUGUUGGAAGGAGAAGUCAAUUUUCUUUGAAUUGGAGUAUUGGAGACAUUUGUUAGUAAGACAUAAUCUUGACGUCAUGCACAUUGAGAAAAACAUAUAUUUGGCACCUGAAACAUGUGAAAGAAGAACAUAUUUACCUCCUACUUGUUACACGUUGAAGAAAGACGAGAAACGUAAACUUUGUGAAACUUUGGCAAAUGUUAAGGUUCCAGAUGGGUAUUCAUCAAAUAUUCGUAAUUUAGUAUCUUUGAAAGAUUGUAGACUAAUCAGUCUUAAAUCUCAUGAUUGUCAUGUAUUGAUGCAACAAUUAAUUCCAAUUGCUAUUCGGGGAUCACUAGACAAACAUGUUAGAAAUGCUAUAAUACGAAUGUGUUUGUUUUUUAAUGCCAUAUGUUGUAAGGUUGUUGAUGUAUCUAAGUUAGAAAAGAUUGAAAUAGAAAUUUCAAAGACCUUGUUCUUAUUUGAGCAAUACUUUCCUCCAUCUUUUUUUAAUAUCAUGGUUCAUUUGGCGGUGCAUCUUGUUAGAGAAGUGAAACUAUGUGGGCCUAUAUGUUUUCAUUGGAUGUAUCCAUUUGAAAGAUUGAUGAAAGUUUACAAAGGUUAUGUUAGAAAUCGAAAUCGUCCAGAGGGUUGUAUAGUUGAGGCUUACAUAGCAGAAGAAGCGGUUGAAUUUUGUACUGAGUAUAUUACUGAUGCAGAAGCGAUUGGUAUUCCCAGAAAGACAAUGAGUGAAGAUGUUAUUGGAAGAGGCAUCAACAAUGGAAGAGAACACUUGGAAUAUCUUCAUCAUCAGAAUCGAAAUAAAUCAAGAAAGUGGAUUCAAGAUUACCACCAUCGGACUUUUCAUCAAUGGUUUCGUGAUAGGAUUCAAUCUGAAUUGAGUAUGGAGUUUCAUAAAGUAUCUGAAAACUUAAGAUGGAUUUCAUUAGGUCCGACUACAAUGGCAAUUAAGCAUGAUGGAUUUGUCGUAAAUGGUUAUAGAUUUAGUACAAAAGCUCGUGAUGAUGUUAGAAUGACACAAAAUAGCGAUGUAUGUAUUGUUGCAAAAUCUCUUCAAUUUUCGUCAGCUCGUGAUAAGAAACCAUUUUAUAGAGAUAUUGAAUUUUAUGGAGUCAUUGAAGAAAUAUGGGAGCUUGAUUAUCGUGAUUUUAGGAUGGCAAUGUUCAAAUGCAAUUGGGUAGAAGACAAGUAUGUUAUAUUAGAUGAGUUAGGAUGUACUUUAGUGGAUCUCAAUAAAAUAGGCCAUAAGGAAGAAUCAUCUAUAUUAGCAAGUCAAGCAAAACAAGUAUUCUAUAUCCAAGAUCCAUCAUAUUCAAGAUGGUCAAUUAUACUUGCAUCACAACCAAAAUUCAUAGGUGAUGAUGAUGAUUUUGAGAUUGGCGAACUUCAAACUUUUGAGAAAGAAAUUGGAGAUAUCAAUGAAUUUGAGGGAAUUGAAUCAAUAGUUGGACCAUAUGUUCAAAGAGAUUAUUUUAGGGAAUUGAAUCAAUAG